AGUUGUCAAUGUAAGGACAACAUAGGAAUUUUAUACAUUUAUAGGUUUUAAUUUUUAAUUAGUAAUUAAUACAGUUAAUACGUUACACAUUACAUUUAACUACUAAGACUAAGACUUGAGAGGUGUUUUGUGAUGAAAUGGGAAGGAAAAUUAUUUAACUGUAAAAACAUAGAAAUAAGAUAUAGCAAAUCAAAAUUGUUGGAUUACUACUUACAUAUUUUAAAAAUUUAAAAAUGCCUUGUUCUAAAUGCAAAUCUGACUUCACAUUGUUAACCUGGAAGCUAAGGUGUCUGGAAUGCAGUUUAUUUUAUUGUUCCAAAUGCUUAAAAAAGACCCAAGGGGUUCAUUUAUGUGAAAAGUGCACUAUAUUAAACAAAAGGCCUCCAGAACGAGAGAAGCUCAUGGAAUUAAAAUCAAAAGACAUUCAGUCCUACUUAAACAGAAGGAACAUAUCAACAUAUGGUUUUGUUGAAAAGGCAGAAAUUGUGGAUUUGUUUUACAAAAAAUCAAUUCCAACUCAUUCAAAGAAGAGUCCCACUUCACUUUCAUCUGUCUUUGGAGGUUCUGUUCCUAAUUUAGUUGCUGAGACUGAGGAACGGCUUAGUAAAGUUGCAAGUAAUUUGGAGAGUAACCUCAAUAAUAUUAGAGACUAUACUGAGGCAGCCUACAAUAAUUUAAUACAACCUAACUACAGUGGGAGAUCUAAUUCUAAUAAUAUCCCUAAUAAUAAUACUUUUUCAACUAGUCCUAGCGGAUCUCAGAGGAGACAUUCUGAUAAUGCCUCAGCUUCUUCUAACUCUCAAAACACUCAUGAAUAUCAACAGGAUUCUUUUGAAGCUCGACCACAAUUCCUAAAACUAUCCGACAUACAUUCCAUAGAAGAAAUAGAAGCAUUAUCAGUAAAGCAAUUAAAGCAACUCCUUUCCUUAAAUAGAGUCAACUAUAAGGGAGUUGUUGAAAGAAAUGAGCUAUUAGAAAAGACUAUAGCCUUGUGGAUUGAAAGUCAUAAAGAUAGUGGCAAUAAUGGUGAUGUUUCCAACAAAGAUGAGAGCGAUUGUUGUAAAAUCUGCAUGGAUGCUCCUUUGGAAUGUGUAAUCCUUGAGUGUGGUCAUAUAGCCACAUGUGUAGAGUGUGGUAAACAAUUAUCAGAAUGUCCCAUUUGUCGGCAAUAUGUUUCAAGGGUUGUGAGGAUCUUUAAAGCCUGAUAGUAGGUAACACGAUUUUAUUCCUUUCUACAAUGAUCGUUUCAUACUUGAGAUUUACAUCUGAGAAGCAAAUAUAAAUAAACAAACUUAAAAUAUAUUUUCUAACUACUUUUGUAUAAUUAUUAAGGAAAAUAUCAAAGAGAAAGCUUGUUGUGAUUUAAAUUAUUAUAAACAUACAUAUAUAAUUAAAAAUAAAGAAAAAACCAUUGAAGGUGAGAAUUAGUUUUGUUGCUAUUUGUUAUUAUUUGUCCUUAAUAAGUACUUUGUUUAUUAUAAACAGAGAAUGUAUCUGAAAGUUCAUAAUUUGCUUAUAAUAGUUGCAAGGUGAUAAUGUUAUAAACGGUUAUGGACAAGCAGAUCGUAUUAAAUUCAUUAUUAUUCAUAGGCGUUGUAGUAUUAAAUGUUGGUACAAAAAAUUAUUUAAAGAACGAUAUGUAAAGUUGCGUACUGAAAAAGAAAUAUAAAUGUAUUAAAUUUACCUUUAAAUAUAAUCCUUUAAUUUGCAUUUAAAUUAAAAUUUAAACAGUGCCUUAGUUAUUAGCAAUUUGUGAAUAUAUCCCCUAUUGUAAUGAGAAGUACUAUUCUUAUCUGCUCUCUGAGUAUUUACAAGUUAUUAAUUAAUAAAGUGUUACGUUGCAUUGAUGUUUUUGUUUUAUUUUAUUUAUAAAUGAUAGCGCUCUUUCAAUAAAAUUUUAAAGUGUGAAUUCUUAGUUGAAAAGAGAAAGGUUAAAGUUACAUUUGCUUCAUUUUAAAAAUAUAUUUACAAAUUUUACAAAUACAACAAUAAAUACAUUCCUUUUUGU